GAUCACCAGUUAAACUGUAACACCGGAAGUAGUUAGCAAUAAGCAACAGUUAGCUUUACGAUUCAUGUUGUGAUUAAAGGACGCUGAAAAGCAAAAUGUCGGAGCAAACGAUAACUGUGACAGUCGCAUACGGAUCAUCUAAGCACAGCAUCACACUAACAGGCCAUGAGGGUGGAAAGGGACCCACUGUUAAAGACCUGUCAGAUGCUCUCACUCAGGCCACCGGAGUCCCAUCUGCCUCACAGAAACUCAUCUGUAAAGGGAAGUCACUGAAGGACAUGGAAGAGAGUCUAUCCAGCUAUGGAAUAAAAGAAGGCUGCAAACUCAUGAUGAUUGGAAAGCGGAACAGUCCAGAGGAAGAAGCUGAACUGAGGAAGCUUAAAGAUAUUGAAAAAUCUGUGGAGCAGACAGCUAAGAAGCUGGAGAAGGUAGAUGGGGAGUUGACUGGCCUGAAAAAUGGCUUCCUGGCCAAAGACCUCCAGGCAGAGGCAUUGGGUAAACUAGACCAGAGAGUAAAAAUAGCCGCUGAGCAGUUCAUGAAGAUCCUGGAGCAGAUAGAUGCUAUGAGUGUCCCAGAAAAUUUCAACGACUGCAGAAUGAAGAAAAAAGGACUUGUAAAAACAGUGCAGGAUUUCCUCGCCCAGUGUGACAAGAUUGAGGCUUGUAUAUCAGACCACCUAUCAAAGAUCCAGUCAAAAAACCUUGCUUUGGCAGAGUAGUGAAGUCUCUUAUGUCACUUAUUCUAUACAUUGCUCUGUGAGCAAUAACAAAGUGUGCAAAAAGCUUCAAAUGUGAAGCUGAUCCUGGUUUAUUUAUUGUUGGUGUGAUGUGUACGAGUCACUGUGAACGAUUCUGUGAAAAGAAAGAUGCUGGUUAUUGGGUACAUAACAAGGGCAGAUCCUCCUGGUUCAAGACAGAUACGUAGUGCUGUCUGAGAAACUGUAACUACAGACUUUCAGUAAAUGGAUCACAGGUGCUUUUAAUCAUGUAGAUGCUGAUGCAGAGCUGUCAAUGCCAGAUCUCUAAAAAUGUCACCUGUUUGUUACUCAGUGUCUCACAGUAACAUGAGUUUUUUUCCUCAUUGUGUACUAACUGCAGUGAGUAACAUGGCCAGAAAUAUAUGGACACACAUUUAAUUGGUGACGUUUCAAAAAGUAGUAUCCAUGCAGCAUUGUGCUCCAAUUAGGCCACAGGAGGCUUAGUACAUUGUGUGAUAAUAUUUACUGUCCUACUGGGUUGAGGUCAGGUGUGGAUGAUGUCUCUGUUUCCUGGCUUUUACCUGCCAUUGUGUCUUUUUGAGAACAAGUGAUAGACUGGCAGCCCAUGCACGGUGUACCCUGCCUGUCACCUUAUGACAGCUGGGAUAGGCAUCUCCCCCACUCCCCACCCCAUGGCCUUGAAUUGGAUUCUGAUGAGUUUGGCAUUUGUGAAACCAACAAAUUUUCAUGAUCAUAAUGUGACGAUAUCCUAAAUUUGGGUUUUAAACUUACUGACCCAGAAUAAUCAAGGUGAUAAGCAAAUCUCAUAUCAGUAUAUUUUACGACCUGUUGUAGUCCUAGCCCAUGCACG